ACUUCCAACACAGGGAAAGGGUGAGUCCUUUCAAAGCUGCCAAAUGGGCCAGCUUCCAGCAGCAGUCUGGGAGUGAGCAAUCAGCAGAGCCACCAAGCCUGGCGGCGGGGCAUUGGGCCUCGCGUUUCAACUUCUGUUCGGUUCUCCUGUAAUGGAAAAUUGCUUUGCACAAAGCUAGAGUGCUACAGUUCUUUCCAGCUCCCCUCCCCCACCCUGCCCCCUCGCCAGCCUUCUGAUCAGAGGGACAGUGCCCGCAGGAAGGUGGCAGGAGGGUAGUCGCGGCUUCUUACUAUGUCCCUUGCUUCAGGCCCUGGACCCGGGUGGUUACUCUUUUCCUUUGGAAUGGGGCUGGUAUCAGGGUCAAAGUGUCCACAUAACUGUGUGUGUCAAACCCAAGAAGUGAUCUGCACAGGAAGGCAGUUAACUGCAUACCCCACUGACAUACCCCUGAACACUCGGAGGCUGUUCUUGGACAAUAACAGAAUCACCUAUUUGCCAGCCAUGAAUCUAGGUCUCCUCAGUGACCUUGUUUACUUGGACUGUAAGAACAACCUGAUUCGUGAGGUGAUGGAUUAUACCUUCGUCGGCAUCUUCAAACUCAUCUACCUUGAUCUCAGCUUCAACAACCUAACAUUGAUCUCCCCAUACAGUUUCUCCGUGCUCAGCAACCUGGUGCAGCUGAACAUCUCCAACAACCCUCACCUGUCAUUUCUUCACAAGUACACCUUUGCAAACACCACCUCUUUAAGGCACCUGGACCUCAGAAACACUGGCUUGCAGAUCCUGGACCAGGAUGCCUUCCAUCACCUGAUAACGCUAAGGACCCUGUAUCUGAGUGGAAAUCCUUGGAAUUGCAACUGCUCUUUCCUGGACUUCACCAUCUACUUAAUAGUGUCCCAUCUGGACCACCCAGAUGACCAAAAUGCCACCUGUGUGGAGCCUACAGAACUGUCAGGGUGGCCCAUCACUCGGGUGGGGAACCCACUUCGGUACAUGUGCAUCACACACCUGGACCGCCAAGACUAUAUCUUCCUGCUUCUUAUCGGCUUCUGCAUCUUCGCCGCGGGUACGGUGGCCGCCUGGCUCACAGGUGUGUGUGCUGUACUCUGCGAGAACGCUCGCCGCAAGGCAGAUGAAGAUGAGGCGGAGGACGAGGUCGGGCAAAGGUUGGAAGUCAGUAGACGGAUUAUUCAAAACAGAAAUGAGUCAGUCCACGAUGGGUUCCCUCAACUGAUUUAGUUGCCAGAGACCUCUGUCUGAUGUGCCUUCGUACAGGCUUCCUGCUUUUUCUCUUGCCCUCCCUCCCCUUCCCAGUUCUCAGUGCUGUGAGAGAUUGAAAACUAUUUAGUAAAAUAAAUUAACUCUUCAGUGGCAAUUUC